UAAGAAACGUGACCUUGCUUCCACAUCCCUAGAGCCGGAGCCGCGUUUCUGUCAUCCCUGUCAAACACAAAACAAUCUCUCUCUGUAACCAUCGGCUUCCUCUGCACUCAGUAAGUCACCCGCCGUCUCACUGUCCGUGCAGGUGCGGCGCCGAGAAACAGCUAUUUGUCCUCGAAGGCUGCCGCGCAUCGCCGCUCGUGCAGUCCUGCUUGCUCCUUGGAUCUGAUACUUAAGCUUACCCAGCAGUACCUUCAGAAACAACCAAAAUGUCUCGAAAGGGAUUGAUGGAGCAAGACUUAAGUAAACUGGAUGUGACUAAGUUGCAUCCACUCUCUCCUGAGGUUAUAUCUCGUCAGGCUACAAUAAAUAUAGGCACUAUAGGUCAUGUGGCUCAUGGAAAGUCAACAGUUGUUAAAGCAAUAUCUGGUGUUCAGACUGUUCGUUUCAAGAAUGAAUUGGAGCGCAACAUCACUAUUAAACUAGGUUAUGCAAAUGCAAAGAUAUAUAAAUGUGAGGAUGAGCGUUGCCCUCGGCCUAUGUGCUACAAGGCUUAUGGAAGUGGAAAGGAAGACAGUCCACUUUGUGAUGUUCCUGGAUUCGAAAAUGCCAGAAUGAAGUUGCUGAGACAUGUUUCUUUUGUGGAUUGCCCAGGUCAUGAUAUUCUCAUGGCUACAAUGCUUAACGGAGCAGCGAUUAUGGAUGGUGCGUUACUUCUUAUAGCUGCUAAUGAAAGCUGUCCCCAACCUCAAACCUCCGAGCACCUUGCUGCUGUUGAGAUUAUGCGUCUUCAACAUAUAAUUAUACUCCAAAAUAAAGUUGAUCUCAUUCAGGAAAAUGUGGCUAUCAAUCAGCAUGAAGCAAUUCAGAAAUUUAUUCUGGGAACUGUUGCUGAUGGUGCUCCAGUGGUUCCAAUUUCAGCACAGUUGAAAUAUAAUAUUGAUGUUGUUUGUGAGUAUAUUGUAAAGAAAAUCCCUAUCCCAGAGAGGAAUUUUGUAUCACCGCCAAAUAUGAUUGUGAUCCGGUCCUUUGAUGUUAAUAAGCCUGGGUUUGAAGUUGAUGAGAUAAAAGGUGGGGUGGCUGGUGGAAGCAUCCUCCGGGGUGUUUUGAAAGUUAAUCAAUUUGUUGAGGUUCGUCCCGGAAUUGUUGUUAAAGAUGAAAGUGGAAACAUUAAAUGUACACCGAUAUAUUCUAGAAUUGUUUCAUUGUAUGCUGAACAAAAUGAGCUACAAUUUGCGGUGCCAGGGGGUCUUAUUGGUGUUGGUACAACCAUGGACCCAACUUUGACUCGUGCUGAUAGGCUGGUGGGUCAGGUCCUUGGGGAGGUUGGGUCACUCCCUGAAGUCUUCGUUGAGCUUGAGGUGAAUUUCUUCCUGCUCCGACGGCUUCUUGGUGUCAGGACAAAAGGAUCAGAGAGACAAGGAAAGGUCACAAAGCUUGCUAAGGGAGAGAUUCUCAUGUUGAACAUAGGAUCUAUGUCAACUGGGGCCCGAGUUAUUGCUGUGAAGAAUGAUCUGGCCAAGCUGCAACUAACUUCUCCUGUAUGCACCAGCAAGGGGGAGAAGAUUGCACUGAGUCGAAGGGUCGAGAAACAUUGGCGUCUUAUUGGUUGGGGUCAGAUUCAGGCUGGAACCACCCUUGACGUUCCACCCUGCCCCCUCUGAGAAAUCAUAUACAGGUACAGACAAGGUAGAAAAACCUAUAAGAAAUCAGGAAAGAGAGAGGGUUUGGUGAGAUGUGGGAAGGUAGGCAAUUUCUAGGAACCAUUUUUGUUAGGUGGAGAAGAAAACAUGCUACGAUGGUGGUUAUUAUUCAUAUUUCUUUCUUUCUGUUUGUUGUUAUCGUUUGCCUGAUUUUUACAUUUCAGAGUUUUGAAGUGAUUUUCGGGUUCUAUAAUGGAUGCAACUCUAUAAAACACAAGAACUCUAUGCGAUUGUUGUUGAUACAGUUUAUGAGAUUAGCGGGCUGUUUGGCAGUGUUGCCAUUGCCAUGA